CGGAAAAUCCUCUCGGACGGCCCCUUCCUUGCCCCAUCCAACUGAAAGAGAGCGCCCUGAAAAUUCGGGUUCGAUUUCGAAGUUUGUAGACGAGUUAACGGAGUGAGAGGCCACAAAAUCCGAUUGAUUCCAGUUCAAAGGAGAGUAGGUUUUUCCGAAUUUUUUUUAGACAAAAAUCUCGAAGUUCUUUUUUCCUGGUUUUUUCUGCUUUUCUUUGCUUGCAAUUUUUGCUGUACAGUUGACAGUUCUUGUAGAGGUAGAAAGUAACGGAUUUGAAUUUGAGAGUUUGAUAGCUUUUUUGUUGUAUAUUUACUGAUUUCUUGGUGUAUUUCCGGAGUUAUUAACUCGGGAAGAGAUUUUAGUAUCAGUAAAAAUUUGGAUACGUGGAGUAAAGCUUCUGGUUGGGGAAGAGAUAAAUCCGUCGGGUGUUUCUUCCCUCGGACUUGUUGCUUGGAUGUGAUAUUUUUACAUAGAUGAUUUUUUGUAAAUAGAAUAGUGGUUGCUGCACUCCACUAGGAUCCGAAGGGAGUUUUAUCGGGGAAGAAUUCGAUUUUUUUUUUUUCCUUGUGUGAAGUAGAGCGAAAAGUGUUUUAUUCAACUUGUGGAAGGGUCGACUGGAUUUUGUUGUUUUAUAUGUUUUAGGGGUUUUGAACUAGUGAUUGUGUUGUCUGUGAUUGCCUCAACAUGAGUCGUGGUGGCGACUGUAAAGAUGGUAGAAAAGAGUGUGAGGAUUUCAAGCGUCCAGGGCCAAACAAAGUGGCGGAUGAUUUUGGUCAGCUUGGAAGGCACUCGUUUGGAAAGAAUGGUGCUGUUCCAGCUCCAUCACUUGAUAUCGAUGAGAAGCUACUGAUUGACCCAAGGUUGCUUUUUAUCGGAUCGAAGAUUGGAGAAGGAGCCCAUGGCAAAGUGUACGAGGGAAAGUAUAGAGACCAGAUUGUGGCAAUCAAAGUACUAAAUAGUGGCAACACUCCUGAAGAAAAGGCAACACUUGAAGCUCGUUUUAUUCGAGAAGUGAAUAUGAUGUCCAGAGUGAAACAUGAGAACCUUGUCAAGUUCAUUGGAGCAUGCAAGGACCCAAUCAUGGUAAUUGCCACAGAGCUACUACCAGGAAUGUCAUUAAAAAAAUAUUUAUUGACCAUUCGCCCCAAAAAGCUGGAUCUUCGUCAAGCAGUGAGCUUUGCACUUGACAUUGCUCGUGCAAUGGACUGCCUACAUGCUAAUGGGAUAAUACACCGAGACUUGAAACCUGAUAAUUUGUUGCUUACUGCAAAUCAGAAGAAUGUCAAGCUUGUUGAUUUUGGACUUGCAAGAGAAGAAACUGUGACAGAGAUGAUGACUGCUGAAACUGGUACAUACCGUUGGAUGGCUCCUGAGUUAUAUAGCACAGUUACACUGCGGCGUGGUGAGAAGAAGCACUACACCAACAAGGUUGAUGUGUACAGCUUUGGCAUUGUUCUAUGGGAGUUGUUGACCAACCGAAUGCCGUUUGAAGGCAUGUCCAACUUGCAGGCUGCAUAUGCUGCUGCUUUCAAGCAAAUGCGGCCACCCCUUCCAGAGGAUGCACCGCCUGAGCUAAUGUUCAUUGUGCAGUCGUGCUGGGUUGAGGACUCUAAUACACGUCCCAGUUUCAGCCAGAUCAUACGGAUGCUAAAUGCCCUCCUAUUCACCCUUCCGCCACCAUCCUCACCAGAGCCUGAAGCUGUUCCUUCUGUGGUGAAGAACAGGGGCACCAUUACAGCUAGAUCCUCUGCACGUGGUGGAGGCAAGCUUUCUUUUCUUCGUCAGUUCUUUGCUGCAAAGAGGUCAGGCAAUAGCGGGACAUGAGCAGUAAAGGUUUCAGAUGUUUUGUUCUUGAAAAGGGAAAGUAUUAUAGGCUGUGUAAUACACAAAUACCAUGCUUAUGAGAAAUUGUAAGGAAUGAUACUUAAGCAAGCAGAAAUUACAAGUUGCUUAUUCCUGAUCUUCUAAUCUAACAGUUGAUGGCGGGCCUCUCUGGUUUAAUUAUGCUCGUAGUGAUGUCUAUGGCUAGAUAUAGUCAAACUUGAUAGAAUUUCACUGACAAGUGAUACCGUGUUUCAUUUCAAUGAAAUCUGCCUUAACUGAGUGUUAAAAUAAUCAGCAUUGGAUGCUAAGUAAUUGGAUAUCUGCUGAGUAAUUUCCAGUUUCCUUGAAAACGGAGACUGGUUUCCAUCUCUUCAAUGUUCAAGUUGUAUGCACUUUUUUUUUUAUUUCAUGAACUGUACUUCAACAUGCUUUCUGUUUGGGCUAUGAGAUAUGGUUAUGAAAAUGACUUUUUGUA